GCCCUACAUAAACAGAAUGCUUUAUCUUAUCAGAUCAUUAGUAUCUUGGUGACUAACCAACAAUGUGUGCAGCUAUGUUACCGUGAUUAAGUUUCGCAUAAUGAGAAAACUGUGUCAACUUUUGUUAUUUACUCUGAUAGUUUUGUUUUCAGAGGAAGCUAUAUUGUCUAGUAUUCCGAGGCAUUUGCAGCAAUGUUACCAAAACGGAGGACCGCUUUUGGGUGCUCCAAAGCGCCUAGACGUGUUUCUCUCUCUUAUAAGAAGAUUAGAAAGAGAGACAAGUUUGGAUGUGAGAUUAUUCAGCGCGUCAUUACUUAGGAGUUUGCGACUCGACGGUAUCGAAGAGGCCGGCAAUUCUGUCGAAACUGACUACCUGCUGCCUUAUAGAGCGUCCGCCUUCCAGUACAACAGAUAUAAGCUGCUCAUGAACAUAUUCCUGCCGAGCCAAGAUCUAAUAGAUAUUGACGAAAUACUGACGAUCGAGGAGAAAUGCUUGCUGCAUACUAUGCUCAGUUCCACCGUACAGAGAUGGGAGAGAGGAGAUGAGAGCACUGUAUGUCCGCUGUCCAUUGAACAACGACAGACAGUAAUGGCACAGUCUAUGAAUAGGCUAAACAGUCGAUGUCCGAUAGAGCACGGCGUUAUACAAACCGAUUGGGGGCCUAUCGCCCCGGGCACGGUGGUAGCAGCCAUCGCCGCGUCGCUAGAGGCUCAGAGAGUAUCCAUAAUAGAUGUCCUUAACACCAAUGAGUUUAGAGAGGAAGUAUCGCAGGCUCUCCUAGACAACGCCUUACAAGAGUGGGACGACAAAAUUGAGACGCUAGAUGAGAACGCGAACAUGCUCGAGUCCAAUUCCGAUGUAAAUAAUAUCUGGGUUGCUACUUUAGCAGGUGACCUAGCCGAGGUGGUAGUGAAUCAGGGACCUCGGGUAGGUGCUAAGCGGUUGUCAGUUGGCAGCAGUAACCGGUGGAACGAUACUCUGCUACCGCGACACCACUACAUGUUCCCGCAGAACGAGACUGUCACUGACUGGCAAAUCACUGACGCUGAGAUAUUGGCCGGGAUCGAUGGUCUCAUAUUAGCGCAUCAUGUUCCCAAUUGGGUGGAACAGAGGCGGUCUUUGCGGUUGUCGCAGAUCAUCGAAAUGUACUACUCAAACGAAGGUCCUACUUUCGAUCAAAAAGUCAGUGCGUGGAACCGGCAGGCGUUGUUCUCAAGUCUCAUCAACAGUAAUGACUUGUUGGAGGAAACCUUUAAGUUCUCGAAUCUUCUGUCCUUGCAUCAGAUCACGGUGUAUGUGCCGAGAGAAGAAAUGAGAAGACUUAGCGAGGCAGCCGCGACCGCGUUUAUGAACUAUGUUCCGUCGGUCCUGCGGAUGUACCACAGCGACUACAAGUUGACUAGCGGCGUGACCACCGCCGACUUCAUAGUGGCCACUGACGGCUCGUGGAAGAACUAUCAGGUGGAACAGUUUAUGUCCUGGCUCGGCGGCGCUGUCGAGGUGGACGCAGGUCGCAGCACGUUAGCGCUGCUGCACGGCAAUACGGGACAGUGGUUGGUGCCGCCCGCCAGCAACUUGACAGCGUUCUUUACUACCCUCAACAAUGCGACGAUUGAGUGGCCAAAUCGUUUGAAUCUGCCGAAUGUAGUGUCCAGAAUAAUCACGCACUCGCGCAAUCAAACCGUGAGCGAGAUAGAAGACAUGAGCAGCGCGGGUCACAGUACAGUGGUGCUUAUAGUCAGCCCUACCGACCGACCAUCCUCAGUUGAGCUGGAAAGAGCGAGACAGCUGAUGGCUUCCCUGCGCACUAGCUUCUUCGAUGUCUACUUCACGUAUAUUGCCCAGGAUUUGACGGACUUCCAAAACGUUAAUAACGAAUAUCUCGACUAUUCGGAGAUAUUUUUACAGGUGCCUUCAAUCAGUAUUGCUGAUGUGAUGAAUGCCGUGGAAACUCACGUCGUGAACACUAAAAUUCCGAGUAGAAUUUUUAGUCCGCAAUGUCCUGUAAAUGGUAGCACAUUUGAACAAAGGCAGUAUGAGGAUUAUGUUCUACCAGGCAGGGAACAAGCGUACAGAAUACAUCCGUUUUACUUAAGGCAGACGCCAGUUGUGAAUGUUCAGUUUCGCAACGAUGGCCACGGCCGGCUUUUAGUAUGCACGUGGCGUGGAGCAGAUAUGACCCACAGGUGUCAGGCCAUCGCCGAGAGAGAAUCCUAUAUAUUCAAUAUCACCAACCCGUGUCCCUCGCCAGAAUUCUGUCCUCCAGCGAAUUUCUUGGUUACAGCAACUACAACAUCAAAUAUAUGCGCACAUAAAGACUGUCGCCUGCCACACCAAGUAGGUUACUACAUACAACAUUCUGGUUUGCGGUGCCUGCCACUGAUGGGUUCCGCCGCCAAUGUGUCGCCAGUUUUGAAAGUACAUCUUAUACUUUCUCUUAUAAUCUCGCUGGUAAAGUUAUAAUGUCUGCAAUAAACAUAUUUUGUAAGUAC